GACUUCUCCAUGCUGUGUCCUAGAAACGUCUCUGCUGGAUUUAAUCUAAACAUCCAACUGCUAAAUUUCAUCGGGUUUUUGUACUGCAACCUUCUUUGAACGAUCUGCGGCUGUUAUCAUUCUGUUUCUUCUGAUGUGCGACAGGAAGCCAGAGAGAGUGGAUCUGGGGACAGACAGCCCACUCCUGCGCCGCUUCUAGCAAGGGAAACCCCCCCCACGCGUUGCGCGCCAGUAGAAAUUCGCGUCGCGGAGUGCGUGUGCAUGUGCGUCAGGCUCUAAAUGUGUGUGUUCGUGAACGGCAAAGCCCCGGGCUCCGUCCUCAACAGUUGCUACCGGAGCGACGGACAAGAGAGGUGGAGAGCGAGAGAGAUAACAGACUGAGGACAGACGGACGCGGAGCCCCACGCCGCUCUGCCCGGCUCCGCUCCUGACAUGCAGUCGUUCAUCUCUCCGGUGACCAAGGCCAUCCUAGUAGCGCUCUUCAUCUUCGCCAUACUCCUCAUCCUCUAUGUGAUCCUUUGGUACAUUUGCAGAGACGUGGACUGCGACCACGGCAUUUGAGGAUUCAACGGGAAUAACAGGAAUUUCACAAUGGGGCGCACAGCGGAGCCCGCAGAGCCCAGGGUCAUCCCGUACUACAAGAAGGGAAGCGAGGAUGGACGACCUCAUAUUGGAACGUAUCCCAUAGACGGAACUGCCCCUUUUACCCGGAGCUGCUGCUGCUCCUCUGCACUGCUCACUCCGUGACCGAACGGCAGAGAUGUUAUCAGCUAUCCGGUCUUAUCUUCUACCAAUUAUCAAACUUUACCUGCUUGGUUUGAAGGUUCUGUUGGUUCAGCUGUUCAGCAGAUCUUUCAGGUUGCCAGUGAUGCCCAGACAAGAUGGCAAGGUUGCCAUAGUGACAGGAGGAGGGAGGGGAAUCGGCUAUGAGGUAGUCCGCCACAUGGCCAGACUGGGGGUACAUGUUAUUAUAGGUGGAAGGGAUGAGCAGGAGGGUCUGACGGCCGUCAGAAGGAUCUGUGAAGAGUACAAAGAGGCCAAAGUGGAAAUUUACCAACUGGACCUAGCCUCUUUGCAGUCUGUCCGUCAAUUUGUCCAGAGCUUUAAGGAGAGGGACCUGCCGCUAAACAUUCUGGUCAAUAAUGCGGGUGUCAUGCUGAUUCCUGAGGGCCGUACUGAGGAUGGAUUUGAGCAGCACUUUGGUGUGAACUACCUAGGCCACUUCCUGUUGACCUGGCUGCUCCUGGACACACUGAAGGAUUCUGGGAAAUGUGGUUACUUCUCGCGUGUGGUCAAUGUCUCCUCCUCUGCCCACCGCAUCGGCGAAAUCAGACUAGAUGAUUUAAAUAGCUGCCAGUGUUAUUCAGCCCAUGCUGCUUAUUGUCAAAGUAAGCUGGCCCAGCUGUUAUUCAGUUCCCACCUCCACCAGGAUGUGCAGCGUGGAGGUUUCCCACUGAGUUCAUGUGCUGUGGAUCCUGGCAUGGUGGAUACUGCUCUCUAUCGCCACCUCUGGAUGCCCCUCUGUCUGGCACAGCGCGCCAUCGCCCGCCUGCUUUUCAGGACUCCUGCAGAGGGCGCUGUCACUGUGCUGUACGUCGCUCUGUCACCGGCCUUGGAGGGGGAGUGUGGAGGAGGCUACUGGGCCAACGGGCGCAGGGAGAUGACAACACCACCGACCUUUAACCCCCAGCUGCAGCUAAGCCUAUGGGAAACCAGCGUCCAGUUGCUGGGCCUUCAGUAGCCUGCGACGAAAGGACAACUAACUGGACGAAACCUCGAAGAAAACAUUAGACAAAGACCCUUAACUCUGGCCAACCAGCCAUCCUCUCCUUCUUUUUCUCAUUAUUGUUUCUCCAUCCGUACCUCACGUCAAGGUGUUUGUAGCGAUUUAUUUUGACAGUCUCACAAUCCACAACUAGACUGUGAUUUGGUUACUAGGGGAGUGAAGCCCUCCUUUUUGUUUCAGACCUGCCAAAGAAGGGCUACAGGGGAUGGAAGAUGGUUUUUUUGGGGGGGGUUUGCAAUGAGCAAGCAAUCAUAUACAAACGCACGCUAGGGUUAUAUCGAUAUAUGAUUUUGCUGUCAUAGAUACUGGGCAGCUGCUGACAUUGGCCUUUAGUUAUAAACAGAUAUCAGUUGUCAUCCAAGUUUAUUCCCUGAUCAUAACUAACUUGAUGUCUGGCCAGAGAAAUCAUUCCAUAGUUUCAUAUUCAAAAACCUGCGAUGACACCUGCCUCACUCUGCCUUAAUGUCAUUAAUCUGGCUUUCAGUGAAGAUGUUAAUUGUCUCUCAGUGAUGAACUUAAUUCUGUUUCAGAGCCCUUUUCAUCUUAAAAAUAAAAAUGUCAGCAACCAUUAAGAUGCUUCUUGGGCAUAAUAAUACUUUAAAAGCUGAAUUUUGGCAUAGUAUACUGGCUUCAAAAUCACGUGUCGGUCAAGCACUAGCAUUCACACACACACACGCACUCGUUCAUGCACCAUGACAAUUAUCAGAUUUUUCAAAUCUGAACCACCUUGCCAUGGCGGGGGAAUGUGAUGUCAUCAGUUUGGGCUGACAUAUCACAAUGAUUUCAAAGAUCGUCAAGGCAUCCCACUCGUUCAACUGGGAGCACUUUGUUUUUUGGUACAUUAACUGAAUCGUCAUGCUAACUGCUAGUAGGUGUAUUAUAGGCUGCGUUUUAGGAGAAUUCUGUUUUUCUCUAGGUUGCUGGGAAAACUAUCAACUCCUCUUUCGUCUCUCUCUUCACGGCUCAGCAAUCCAACAAAAGACGUUCCUUUGGACUGAUCAGUGGGUUUGGGAAGACAUGAAAAAAGGAAGAGAUCCCAUGUAAAAGUAGGCCUACAUUUAGAAUAAUUCCCCCUAAAAAUGCGAGAGUGAUGAGACAUUUCGUUUUGUUCUGCGGAAUUUUCUUGCUGUUGACAUUUUCUGAAGCCAGGGUUUCCAGACAUUUCUGUUUGCUUUUGUCUGCUCAGAAACAAAAAGGGAACGAUGGGGAACCAACCACCACUUCAAUCUAUCCCCAUUGUCCUGUGUGAUCUGUGUUAAUCUGUUUUACUGUGUCUGUGAUACGUGUGUGUGUGUGUGUGUGUGUGUGUGUGUGUGUGUGUGUGUGUGUGUGUGUGUGUGUGUGUGUGUGUGUGUGUGUGUGUGUGUGUGUGUGUGUGUGUGUGUGUGUGUGUGUGUGUGUGUGUGUGUGUGUGUGUGUGUGUGUGUGUGUGUUUUAUGCACACAAGUUAAGAAUUGACUCAUGCUCUAGACCCAAUUCAUGUUGAUGGAUAGCUAAACAAUAGCCAUUUCUGGCAGAACAGCGACGGGAAGAAGAGAGAGAGGCAAAGCACUUUCCCCCCCCCAGUAUUCAAGCUGUGAUUGGUUCCUCAUUGCUGCUGCUGCUGCCGCUUCCUCAUUUGGCGCCGCUCCCAGUGCAUUGUGGGAUUGAGAUUUCCCAGUGGUGAGAAUCAAACUCAAUCUAAGGCUGACACACACACACACACACACACACACUCCCUCAGAAACAUUGGAAACCGUACAUCCAGGCACAAGCUUAUCUAAACAAGCACACAGCAAACAAACACGUCUGUUACUCAUGCAGGAAAAUACUCACAUACUUACACACACACAUACAAAAUGCGCCAUAAUGCCAUCUCCACUGUGAUAAACCAUUUUAGCUGUGAUGAUAACAAGUUUUAUCUUAAAUUAACAAGUUUUGGCUAAAACUCCUGCCCCACAUGCCAUCCCAUUGCUGUAUGUGUACAUUGAUGCUCUGAAUACUGCCACUAAGCAUCCAGCAUGCGUUAAUAUCUGCCGUACGUGAAGCAAUAGAAUCACUCCAGUCGCACAGAGCCAGACAUUCAGAAUAGGAAAAGAGCCCAAGAGUGUGAAAGUGUAUGAAUGAAAAAGAGACCAUCUUCCAGUUGCCCAUAAUAUCAGGAAUUCCAAAUUUCUCUGUUUAAAUGUAUACAAGUGUUUAUGAAGACGUUAAUGUGCAUUGUUUUUUGUGGUUAAACUUAAAGUUGUAUUGUUUUUCAAGCACUUUAAAGAUGUGUCCCAAUUCAGGGGCUGAAUCCUGUGAAGGAUGCGGCCCACUAAAGGUCACGCUGAAAUGCUCCUCCCCGUUAUAUGAGACGCCAGUCUAGACUCAUAAAGAUAAAAAACUAAUGGUGUGUUCAGGCACUCCUUGUCUACUCAAUUAAAGGAUCUUGCCGUCAAUAGAUAAAGCCAAUAAAGUCUGCAGUACAAGUUGUGAUUUUUAACGUCAACACACAAUGAACACCAGGUAAAUAGUAGACCAGGUUAAUGGUAAAUAUAUCCAUGCUACUUCCAUUUAUUUGUAAUGCCCUGUGAUUAACAUGUCCAUGCUGCAAAUAGUGGAGUUCAUGCCUGGCUUCCAUUAUUUACAAUCCAUUGUCGGUCAACUCCAUGUGAUAUGAUUACCAGUGAUAGAUCACCUCAACACAAGUACCUGGUGAAUAUGACAUGAUCACAUGACUUUAUGAGUUAACAAAGAUUGCCUGAAUGCUCCAUUGAGCAGUCGAUCAGCACAUGGGAUUGUUGAAUCUUGAGAUUUGUCUUCCGGAAUUAUUUGGAUGUUGAAAGUUGUAACCUGAUAAUUACGAUAACUCCAACAUGAACAUGACAUGAGGGCAUCAUAACUCCAGGAAAACACAUCACAGCUUAACUUCUGUCCUGAUUGGCUCUCAUUACAGAAUUACUUGAAUCUGUCCAAUUUACUGUAUGCCAGUAUUCAGUAAUUGCACUUGAAAACCUCGACCAGCAGCUUUACCUCAUUUGAAUGAGAGUACUGUAGCUGAUUUUAGUGAGCCAAUCAGGGUUCUGUGUGUUGAGGAUUUGGAUUUAAUUAAACAAAUUCAAUUCAGCUUUAUUUUUUUUUAGAGAAAUAUCACAAUCCAGGAGCUUGGUGUGUUUGAAAAUUAUGUUUGGAAUUCUAAUUUAAAGCAAACAUCUCUCAAGUUUGAUGGCUCUUUCUAGUGUAGUAGUUGUGUGGAAAUUGACUCUCAAUGCCAGCAAUACUCCUCAGUUGUUGAGUAUCUAAACAGUUCAUCGCCUCAGUGCUUCCAUAUUUGACUGUGUGAUUCCCCGAGGCAACUGUAAGGUACUGACUAAAUAACAGAAUAACAAACAACAAAACCUAGGCCCGUUUAAACAAAUGCGCUCGCUUCCCUUCACACAAAUGAAAACACCAGCUUACUACUCAGCAGCCCUCAUUUAAAACAAGGCUCCAUCCUGUCAAAGAGAUACUGUGUUUUUCACAGUCCAGCUGCUACAUGUAUUACAACCUGAGAGAAAGAGAGGGAGAACGUCUCUGAGCACAAGGUUUCCCAAGGACAAAGUGAGGAGGGAGUGUGAGGAUCUGCCUUGGUGUUCUUGUUGCAUCAGCACGCAGAAGAGGGGUAAAAGUAUCAAUAAUAACCUUGUUAUAUAUUUACCGUACUCCCUAAGCGCAAGGACGACACAGUGAACUUUCCGAACUUGAAUUGCGAAUAUAGAAAAAGAGCAAAAAAUGGCUCAAGUAACUGUCUAUGAUAUUGUCUGUAUGUGAUUUACUUGUGUAUGAUCAUUUCAAAGCAUUGUCACCGCUGGACAUUGACCAGUAGAUCUGUAUGUAGACUGACAAUGUUCUAAUAGCCAUUCUUCUGUCUGACUUGGGAUAACAUUUAUAUUAAAUGUUCCAGUCCCAGGUUCUGCAAAUCCUAAAUGUGUAUAUGUAUAGGACGAGAGAUAAUAUAAAGACGUAUACAGGGGGUAACCAGAUGAACUGAGUCCUUACUCUGGUACUAGUCCAGUUAAGAGAAAACACAUGCAGACAUGUGUCUGUCCUUUCACCUUUAUUGCCAUAUUCCCCUGUACCAUUUUCUCCUUUGGUGCUAGUGCAACCUUUUCACUCUAUUCCCUGCGGGUUGCAAAUAGAGUAUGUUCCCACUUCACAGCCAGUGUAAAUAUUCAGUUCAUCUGGGCCCCUGGGAUUUGUGAAACGUGAAAAAAUGUUUUAUUUUUAUUAUUAUUUUGUUGUUGUUGAGAUACACAUCUUAUUGCUUUUGCUGUGCCUAAGAAGAAAACCUCCCUCAUCUAUGUGUAACUGUGAAUUCUUCAUGUAGAUAUGAGCUUGUACAAACUGUGAUUACUGUCUUGUCAUGUGUACUGCCGUAAGUUUUUUUCUCUCUUUGAAGUGAUGAGUGUGUGUGUGUGUGUGUGUGUGUGUGUGUGUGUGUGUGUGUGUGUGUCUAAAUAAGGGAGUUUAUGUCCAUGUUUUUUUCUGUCAAUGGUUGUGACAUUCCAGCAGCAGCCACCACCUUUUCUAUUAUCCAAAGCCUCUCAAUAAACAUAUCAUUGUGCCACU